AUGCCCGACGUUCCCUCCAGUCCUCGCAAAGCCGUCUCCUCUGUCUCGCAGCAGGCCCGAUCCCAAAAGAAGCCCGGAGCGCCCAAGCCAAAAGGCGCCGUUCGUGCUAAGUCGGGCUGCUACACCUGCAGGAUUCGAAGGAAGAAGUGCGAUGAGCAGCCCAACGAAGAAGGCGCGUGCCAGACGUGCGUCCGCCUCCGCCUCCAGUGUCUUGGAUUCGGUGCGAAGCGGCCAGACUGGAUGAGGGAGAACAACAGCGUCACCGAGCUGCGCGACAAGAUCAAGACCUUCCUCGCCUCCCAGGGCAUGAUAAAGGGCCACUCCGGCUCUGGUCCCCGCACGACGGAGCAGGACCCCCAAGUCCUCGUCCUCGUCGACCAUCUCCACACGUCGCCCUCUAGCCCUCCCACCCCCACCCUGUCCGCCACGUCGAGCGAGGGCCAGCAGCGGCCUCCGCACAACGGCAUGAACACGUCGUUCGAGCGCGCCCCCGCCCCCCACUACCCGACGAUGCAGCCCCCUCCCCCUGAUCAACAGCACUACGGUCAGAGGCCUCAUCGCGAUGGUGCUGCAUAUCACUCGACCGCCGUCUCGUCAAUCUCGACAGCCAUGAUCCCUUCAAUAUCAACACCAGCCUACCUCCCUUCGGACCAGUCGGCCGCGGUCGGAUUCUACAACCACCCGCACUCUUCGUUGGGGCUGUCGUACAACACGAGCUUCGCGGAUGAGGAUGUGGACCAGCCCAGUCUAAGUCCAGACGGAGGGCACAUACCCACAGUCGUGAACGGGUACGGGCUUUCCGCGUCGACUUAUCAAGACCAUCUACUGCGACAUUACUUCCACAAUGUCCUUCCAAUACAGUACCUCCUCGCGGACUCGUCGAUCACCAACUUCAUGGCCAACCUCAUCCAUUCCUCGCAGUCGGCGCGAGAAGCGGCAUGCAUGCUCUCCGCGCUGCACCUCACCACGAUGUCGCGGGCGGACCAGUCGGCGGUGCACUCGAUCUACCAGCACAUCCAGGACACGAUGCUCGUCGAACGGCCGUACAACGAGGGCGACGCGAUGGCGGGCCUGCACAUCGUCUCCUCCUUCCUCUUCUCCGGCGGGCGCGGGAACUGGGAGGUCUGGCUCGGGAUCGCGAGCCAGUACGUGCAGAACAUCCUCAACGACCCGCGCUUCUACGGGCCCGAGGAGGCGCUCCGGCAGUGCGCCGAGUCGACGCGGUUCAUCAUCAAGACGACGAUGUGGUUCGACGUGCUGGCGUCGGUGACGACGCAGCAGGUGCCGCGCUUCCUGGAGACGUACCGCGCGCUCUUCGCGGGCGCGUACAUCGGGGACGCGCUCGCGGGCGGGGGCGCCGCGCCCGAGACGUCGAUGCUGCCCGUGAUGGGCUGCGAGAACGGGGUGGUGCUCGCGAUCGCGGAGAUCUCGAACCUCGCGCACUGGAAGGCGCUCAUGCUCCGCCGCGGCCGGCUCUCGUACCCCGAGCUCGUCCACCGCGGGCAGGCGAUCGAGGAGCGCUACCUCGCGCUCAACACGCCCGCGAACCCGGCGGGCGGCGGGGACGUCGCGCAGCGGCGGCGGCUGACGAACAGCAUCUUCCGGGCGUCGGCCAAGGUCUACCUGCACACGGUGCUCUCGGGCGACUACCCGGCCUGCCCGGAGAUCAUGGGCGCGGUGGGGGAGACGAUCGACGCGCUGCGGGAGGUGCCCGAGGCGCCGAGCGUGCACCGGUCGGUGGUGCGCUCGGUGGUGUUCGGGAUCUGCAUCUGCGGGUGCCUGACGGACGACCAGCGGCAGCGGACGUUCCUGCUGCACAUGCUCGAGCGACAGCAGCAGGAGAGCGUCGGGAACAUCGCGGAGGUGAUGCGCCUCAUGAAGAACGUCUGGGACCGGCGCGACGAGGAGCGGCGGCAGGGGCGCGCGACGCCCGUCGACUGGCGGGAGAUCAUGCGCGAGGGCAGCGCGGGGCUCCUCCUGCUCGUGUAG